CCCCCCCCGAUGGCCGAUCCGCCGCCGGUGCUCACGCUGCUGGUGGAGAAGGGCCCCCGCAAGGGGGAGACCCGGCAGUGCCUCGCCGGCGUCGCGCUCCGCGUCGGCCGCGUCGUCAAGGGCAACGACCUCGCCGUGGGCGACGCGGGCGCGUCGCAGCGCCACCUCGACCUCGCGUUCCUCCCGCCGCCGGCGGCCCGGUGGGCCGUCACCGACCUCGGCUCCUCCAACGGGACGCUCCUCAACGGUGCGCCCCUCGUCCCCACCGUCCCGGCCCCGCUCGCCCACGGGGACCACAUCAAGAUCGGGGAGAGCACCGUGCUCGCCGUCUCCAUCUUGGCCGAUGCGGACCCUGACGCCGCCGCCAGGACUAGGCGCUCCGCGCGCCACGCGGCGGCAGCGGCGGUGGAGGAGAACAAGGCCCCGGUGGUUAUGCGGUGGAGCGGACGGAAUAAGAAGGCGGCGGCGGCCGAAUCCCCGAAAGCAGAAAAGAAAGAAGCUGAAGUGGUGACUCUUCGAGGCGGGCGGAAGAAGGCCGCGGAGCCCCCUGAAGUGCAGACGGAAGAGGAGGAUAAGGAGGAGGAUGCGGAGGCAGCGGUGGUGACACGCCCCAGCAGGCGGAAGAAAGCUGUGGCGACGGCUGCCCUUCCGCCACAGCCGCAGAAGACGAGGCCGGUGAGAGCUGCUGCAAGGAGAGGUGAGAAGACCGGGAGUGGACAGGAUGAGGGGGUGGGGGCGAAGACCGGAAUGUUUACAAGGGCGAGUGCAAGGAAGGCUAAGGAUGCUGUAGUUGAGGAGGAUGAGGAGGGGGAGGUGGCUGUGCCCAGAGAGCACGUGGGGAAUCCACCGAGGGUGACAGCAGCUAAGAGUGGUGAGGAGGAGGUGGAUAAGGUGGAAACUGGAGAUGGAGCUUCAAAUGCGUCAGAGGGGGAGGUGCCGAAGGCUUGCCGAGGACAGACAAGGAAGACGAGAAGAGGCCGAGGAAGGGUUACAAAUGCCAGCGCAAAGAAAGCUAAGGAUGCCGUUAUUGAGGAGGACCGUGAAAAGGAGGAAGGGGAGGGGGAUGUGGCUGCUGCCAGAGAGCUCAGGGGAAAUCUGCCGAGCGUGACAGCAGCGAAGGGCGGUGGUGAGAAGGAUGAUAAGGUGGCAACCAGGGAUGGAGAGGUAUAUGGAAUCUCAAAGGCAUCAGUGGAGGUGGUAGUGGUGGAGGAUGCGCCCGUGGCUCCGAGAGGGCAGACAGGGAGAGCAUCAAAGAGGAGGGUCAAUGUUCAGCAUGCUGCUGCUGACAACGGUGGCAAGGAGGAGGAGGGGAAGGAGUUGGGCAUGGGAGAGGGGAACGACCCGGAUCACGAAUUGGGGGAAAGGACGGUACCAGAAUCAAAGCUGGAUGGUGUCGGAGAAGACAAAGAAGAUGGCAAGAGGGAAGUGAGUGUUGGCGGAGGAGAGGAAGGGCAUGAUAAGAAUGUGGAGGAGCGCACUGGGAGAAGCAGCGUGGAGAAGAUGACAUUGAGGGAGUGGUUUGUUCGAAUGGAAAAGUAUCUUCUAGCGAGGAACCGUGAGGCUGUUGAAAAGGCGAUAGCAGACAUUCGGGAGAAACAUCGCGGUGUUUGCGAGUAUGCUUCAACUCUCGAGUAGAUUCUCAUCCUUCUAGAGACUCCAUGGAUAACCUGGAACUGUUUUGGUCAGUCUAAUGUAGGGUGGUACGGUGAUACCCGGAGAUUAAGUGGAAGACAGUACUUUGCUGAAGCAUCACAAACAGUAGGUUUGAGGUGUAACCACCAUUAGCGGGGUUGUGAUCACGGAAAGCAUUCAUUCCAGUCACUGUAGUUGGUACCGUCCAUGAAUAUGACAAGAGGUACUAGUAUGUAUAAUGUAGUAAAGUUGAAGCUCCAUGUAUUCAGGAUGCAUCAAGUAGGGUUGCUUCCGUUAACUUGUUGCUCUAUGAUAGUCAAUUGUAAUAUAUGUUAUUUGUACCUUUGGACAACGUUGCAUCAUACGAGAGUUGAGAAGCAACUGGAGAUCGUCAUCAAUGAUAUUCAAUUGUAAUAUAUCAUGUUAUUUGUUGUUGCUCUCUGGGUUUUCUCCUCUCGUUUUCCUGUUUGUAACAAUGAUUGAUAUGAAUGUCAGAAUGUGUGAUUUGUAUCA